UAAACACUUUUCUAAGAAUGUAUCAUGUCGUGGAGUUUGUCAAUUCAAAGGAGGUUGAAGUUGUCCACUCUAAUUGGCUGAAAGGAGGCCAAAGUUUCUGGCCCCCUUUUGUAUCUCUUGCAAAGCUGCGUAGGGCAACUAAAGAUGGGGUGAUGCCAGGUGCUGACUGGACUCGAUUCAGAGUCCGUGUGAUGUAUUCACAUGACGUGUAUGAGAUUGCCUGUGCAAAGCUGCUAGAGGCUACAGUUACCUCUGAUCUAAAUACUGAAGAUGAGGACAACAGGCCAGAGUACAUGAAGAGAAAGAAUAGAGGCUGUAAAAGAAUAAUAAGCAGCAGUGGAAGGGGGGGAGGAGGAAGAGGAGCAGGGGAGGACUGCUGCACCUCGUGCCCCAACCAAAAAGAGAUCUUACACCACACUUGCAUCCCCCUGCAUCCCAUCUCUUGGUGCUCUAGGUGAAGGGAGUCAGCCAGCUGGUCAAGGAUUUUGGUCCCCAGGCCAUAUUUCAGAGACCACAGUUGAUCCUUCUGAUGCAAACAGCUCGGCACCAGGUCUGUGGGCUUCUCCCCCUUCAGCGAACAUCCCAGCGUCUAGUCCACCACCGUGGUGUCUCCACUACCAACAGCCUGAUAGCUGGUCCUAGUCAAUGGGCUACACCUCCUACUGACACCACAACCCAUGCAGCAGCUGGCAGAAGUCAGGCAUCAGGCCAAACUUUAUGUCAAAACACCCCACAAGUACAUGACACACAAAACAGGUCUUCUCGGGAGGCUGUGCCUACAGCAAUUGCCAAGGAGAUCCUCGUCCAACUUGAUUCUAUCAGAGAGCAGCAGUUGCUCAUCCUGGUGCAGCUCCAAAAAAUCUCCAGCAGUCAAGCAGUUCCAGACGUCACGCCAGACCCAACACAUUUUGGGCUCCCACUUUCAACUAUUGAGGAGCUACAACAUUUAGAGGAGACAUUAAAGAAUCCAGAGGAGAAGAAGAAUUUGACUGUUCUCCUUGGAAUGGUUGGAGGUAUGACUCUUAAAGACACUGUGGGGCGGGUCCUUAAAAGAGCAAUGAACACCUCGCUGGCGAGGCUCAUUAAUUGGAGUGGGGCCAACCGAAAGCCUGCGUUCAAAGGGCUCAUUUUGAAGUGUGUGGUUCUGGAUGCGGUCCGCCGGAAUGCCCUGACCAAAGAUUCAACAGAAAAAGAAAUAGAGCUGCAGGUGGCUGCAGCUAGCCUCUGAUAGGGAUGGUGGCCGGAGCCAGAGGGCGAACAGGCAGACCACAUAGACAAAACUCAGAAAUGCAGUGUGCCAGAAUUAAAUGUUUCAAAGUUAAAAAAUAUUGAUAUUAUAAAAUAGUAUUUGAACUCCUUGUUGAUUUUACAUUAAUGCUGUGAUAUUUCAAUAUGUUAUUAAAAAUGGUGUGUGUGUUAAAGUGUUUUUUUUUUUUUUGUCUAAAUCAGGAGCCCUGUUGAGCCGCAUUUGAAAAAUGAGUUAAAUUACCAGAUUGGGAGAGUGAAGUGUGCUCCAAUAAAAAAAUGCAUUAAACAUGAAAACUGUCUUGUGCUGUUUAUUUUCUGUUUAUCUUGCAUAAAGAACGGCUGCUCAGCAAUUUAAGUA